GAGCCCCUCAACAGUUUCACUCCACUGGAGCCGUGAUAAGCCAAAUGAAAGCAGUGAGUGGUGGAAAUGGAGAGUUUUGGGGUUGGAAAUGGGAACAUGAAAGAAGGAUAAAACAAAGUAAAGCAUCGAAAUCCUCUGAUUCAGCAACAGGAGGAGGAGGUUACUGGUUCCCUUUAAAGCAAGCUGUGACCGCAGGUGCGCUUGCUCUUACUGGGGAUACAGUAGCUCAAGUUACAGACCGCUGGAAAAAGAACAAGCCAUCCAAACGAUACUCCUAUGACCAAGACGCUUCUCAGAAUUCCAAUGACAAUCAGGAUUUUAUUGGGAUUUUCCUUUCCGAUCAUGAUUGGCUUCGUGUCUUACGAAUGACUUCUUAUGGGUUUCUAUUGUAUGGUCCUGGUUCUUAUGCAUGGUACCAAUAUCUUGACCGUUGUUUGCCAAAGCAGACAGUGAAGAAUCUGAUGCUAAAGGUUUUAUUGAACCAAAUAGUGCUUGGUCCAUCUGUGAUUGCUGUUGUCUUUGCAUGGAACAAUCUAUGGCAAGGGAAGCUUUCACAGCUUCCAGAGAAGUAUCAAAGAGAUGCUCUUCCAACAUUGCUCUAUGGAUUUAGGUUCUGGAUACCUGUCAGUGUAUUGAAUUUUUGGGCUGUCCCCAUUCAAGCUCGUGUAGCUUUCAUGUCCACGGGGUCUAUAUUUUGGAACUUCUGCUUGUCCUCAACAUUGAACAAAUAGAUUCAUCAUGUCAGCAUUCUGAACAUGAGUUAGGUAGACCAUGAUUGGCUCAAGAGAAUGGCAGCUGUGAGCAUUGAUUACAAUUUUAGAGCAACUUGAGAUUUUUACCUAUUUAAAAAACGAGCUUGGCUGUAUGAGAUUUUCUGAAAAUAUUUUGGUUUUGUUGUAAUUCGAUUGUAUGAGAAUAGAAAAUAAUUGUUCAUUGACUAAUAACCGAGCAGUAUGCUGGAGGAAGUCGGAAAGUUACUUGUGUGCCUUCCAUCUGCUGAUUUCUUUUCU